CUGUAAGAACAGUGUUUCUUUGUGCUUAUAUUGGUUAGCUUCACAGGAGAGAACUACAGCAGAGAGAGAGAGAGAAGAGGGUUUGAAGAUGUCAGGAACAACAGGAGGAGCCCCUGAGGAAGAUAAGAAGCCUAGUGAUCAGUCUGCCCACAUUAACCUCAAAGUGAAGGGUCAGGAUGGUAAUGAGGUGUUCUUCAGGAUCAAACAUAGUACCCAGCUGAAGAAACUCAUGAAUGCUUAUUGUGAUAGGCAGUCUGUGGACAUGAACUCUAUUGCAUUCUUGUUUGAUGGACGCAGACUUCGACCAGAGCAGACCCCGGAUGAGCUCGAGAUGGAAGAUGGCGAUGAGAUUGAUGCAAUGCUGCACCAAACUGGAGGAGGGUGCGCAUGAAACCCUGCUGCUGCUGCGGACCGACCGGAUUCGACAGAGGACCAUGUUUCUUACUUUGUUUCUUCAAUCAAAAGUUGCUGAAUUUAGAAAAAUGGUUAAUUGUUAUGUAAUGGUAUCUUAAUGAAUGGUUAUUGCUGCUCGUUUAGUGUGCUAAUUCUAAAGUGGUUACAAGGAUUCUGUUGUUCUACUUUCA